ACAUGCUCAUACACAGAACCAGGAAGUGAGUGUGGCAAAAUGGCAGAAGCUAUGGACUCGAUCAGUUGUUCGAUUUGUCUGGAUACACAGAAGGAUCCAGUGACUAUUCCCUGUGGGCACAGCUACUGCAUGGGCUGUAUGGAGGGUUACUGGGAUCAGGAUAAUCAGAAGGGUGUCUACAGCUGCCCACUGUGCAAGGAAAGAUUUUUUCCUCGACCAGUUCUGAGGAAAAACACUCUGCUGGCUGAAUUAGUGGAAAAACUGAAGGAAAGACUUGAAGUUGCUUCUCCAGUUCACUAUUAUGCUGGAUCUGGAGAUGUGGAGUGUGACUUCUGCACUGGGAGAAAACUCAAAGCCGCCAUGUCCUGUCUGGGGUGUCUGGCCUCUUACUGUGAGACUCACCUCCAGCCUCACCAUGAAUCUCCUGCUUUCAAGAAGCACAAGCUGAUCAAAGCCUCCACACAACUACAAGAGAAGAUCUGCUCUCGUCAUGACAAACUGUUAGAGGUUUACUGCCGCACCGAUCAGCAGUUUAUCUGUUAUCAGUGUUUAUUAGAUGAACAUAAAGGCCACAAUACAGUCUCAGUUGCAGCAGAAAGGACUGAGAAACAAAGGCAGUUGGAGAACAAAAGGCAGAAAUCCCAGCAGAGAAUCCAGAAGAGAGAGAAGGAGAUGCAGGAGGUGAGACAGUCUAUGAAGUCACUCAAGUUCUCUGUUCAGGCAGCGAUAGAGGACACUGAGAGGAUAUUUACUGAGCUGAUGCGCUCCAUUGAACGAAGUUGCUCUAAGGUGAAGGAGUUGAUCAGAGCACAGGAGAAGAUGCAAGUGAUUCUGGCUGAAGAACUCCUGGAGCAAUUGAAGCAGGAGGUCGCUGAGUUGAGGAGGAGAGACGCUGAGUUGGAGCAGCUCUCAAACACAGAGGAUCAUAUCCAUUUCCUCCAGAGUUUCAAGUCUCUCUCUGACCCUCCUGGAUCUGAGAUCAUCACUGUCAACCAAAGCAUCUCCUUUGAGGGUGUAAAGACAUUACUCUCUGGGCUGAAAAAGCAACUAGAAGAUGUAUUUAAGAAGGAAAUGACCAAGGUACCUGGACUGGAUCACCUUACAUUGGAUCCCAACACAGUACAUAACCGUCUGUGUCUAUCUGAGGGGAACAGAAAGGUGACAUGGAGUUCUAGGUUCCAGUCCUAUCCUGACCAUCCAGACAGAUUUACCUCAAACCCACAGGUCCUAUGUAGCAAGGGUCUGUCUGGAGCCUUCUACUGGGAGGUUGAGUGGAGAGGGUUUGGGGUUUAUAUAGCUGUCUCAUAUAAAGGCAUCAGCAAGAAAUGCAGAGAGGAGUGUUUGUUUGGACAAAAUGAUCAAUCCUGGUGUUUAAUCUGCUCUCACUCGGGCUGUUCUUUCUACCACAAUGAUAAAAAGACUGCCAUACGUGUCCCCUACUCCUCCAGAGUAGGAGUGUACCUAGACCACAAGGCAGGGACUCUGUCCUUUUACAACGUCUCUGAUACAAUGAUCCUCCUCCACAGAGUCCAGACCAAAUUCACUCAGCCCCUCUAUCCUGGGCUUGGAUUUCAGCAUGGGAUCCAUUUUGGUUUUGGACCAUCUGUUAAGAUACUUUCAUUGACACAGAAAGGAACUUUGAUAUAUGACUAUAUGUAGACAUGAUUACAGUAAUUGCAUACAGAUGUAGGAUCUUAAUUUGAGCCCAGUUUGCUACUACAUCAGGAAGAAAAAAAACUCCAGCAACAGGAAAUUAUAAUUUUUAUGUGGAUUAAAUAAUGGAGAUUUUUGUUCGGGUUGAUCAAUUUUUCGUAAGGGAAAAUCAAGUCUGAAAUUUCAAAGUGGAAAUUUCAAACUUCAGAAGCCUUUUUAAACCGCAGUUUAAUAAUAGCCUAUUAUGGAUAGGUCUGAUUUCUUUAGUAGACUAUAUAAGUAAAAUCUAUGUAAGCUAUGUUAGUAAAAGUAUUUUUCAUUUUAGUGAAAGAAGAUGUUGUUGUUGUAGAUGGUAGACAAUAGCAUACAGCAUCUAUAGUCCAAGGAGUAGAAAAAUAUGAUAUGAUUUUUAGCUCGAAUGUGGCCAUUACGAACCAAUUAAUGUGCAUAGGGGUGUGGCCUGACAAAUGUAUUCUUGUAAAUCAGACAGAUUUGACAUGUACCUAUAUAGCUAUCAGUUGGAAAGACUGACUUUCUUCAUUGUUUUCAAUCCAUUAGCCAAAUAAAACGUGUUUAUUACUA